AUGUCUGUGGCUAUGUGGGAGCCAGACCUAGACCCCAAGCCCAUUCUGGAGCUGCCCCUGGUGAUACUGGCCGAGAAGCUUCGGAAUGAAGAAUUGAGCCUUGAGAGUGUCCUCGGUGCCUACUUGGAGAAGGCACUGCAGGUCCACCAGGAAACGAACUGCCUGACAGAUUUCUUGGAAGAAUGUGAGAAGCAACUUCAGGAACUGAAGAAGCUCAAGAAGUAUGAGAGAGGCCCCCUCUAUGGGGUACCUAUGAGCCUCAAGGACCCUUAUGACUGCAUGGGCCAUGACUCUACAUGUGGCAUUUCCCAGUUCCUGGAGAAGCCAGCUACUGAAGAUGCCGUCAUUGUGAAAAUCUUGAAGGCCCAGGGAGCCAUUCCCUUUGUGAAAACCAACAUCCCCCAGACAUUACUCAGCUUUGACUGCAGCAACCCUAUCUAUGGCCAGACUUUGAAUCCCUUGAACUUAAAGAAGACACCUGGGGGCUCUUCAGGGGGUGAGGGAGUUCUACUGGCAAAGAAAGGGUCCAUUCUAGGCAUGGGUACUGACACAGGUGGCAGCAUCCGCCUGCCGGCCAGCUUCUGUGGCAUCUAUGGCCUUCGGACUACAGGAUAUCGCCUCAGUUACAGUGGAGUUUCCUCUGUGGUCAAGGGCAAGAAAACAGUGGUCACGGUGGCUGGCCCCAUGGCUCGGGAUGUGGAAAGCCUGGUGCUGUGCCUCAAAGCCCUGCUGAGUAAGGACAUGCAUCAUCUGGACCCCACUGUACCCUCCAUGCCCUUCAGGGAGGAGGUGUACUCUAGUACUCAGCCCCUGAGAAUUGGCUACUAUGAGACAGAUGGCUUCACUCAGCCAUCCCCUAGUAUGGCCAGGGCUGUGCAGCUCACCGUCAAGCUGCUCCAGGAGGCAGGACACCAGGUCGUCCCCUUUUCCAUCCCUCGUAUAGAGUAUGCCAUGAAGCACCUAUAUAUGGGGGGUCUGUAUGCUGAUGGAGGGGCCACCCUUCUGCAGAAACUAGAAGGGGACAUUGUGGACCCUAGCAUAAAAUCGAUGAUCAACUCACUCCGCCUGCCAAACCUACUCAAGCGCUUUAUGUCCUGGAUCUUAAAGUACAAGGAUCCCCGAGUUAGCCAGGAUUUAAAAGCGUUUAGUGGAGUGGGGACACCCAAGAACCUAUGGCAGCAGCAUACAGAAGCGGAGGAAUAUCAGCAAGAGUUCAUAGCCAGGUGGAGAUCCCUCGGCAUAGACGUGUUAUUGGUGCCAGCUCUGGACCCGGCCUUCUAUAUAGGCUAUCCUGGCAAAACACCAGAUGCCACCUCCUAUACAUCACUGUACAAUCUGCUGAACUUCCCUGUGGGCGUAGUGCCUGUCACCACCGUGACAUCACAUGACGAAGAGGAGCUAGAAUAUUACAAGGGCUACUAUGGAGAUGAAAAUGACAAAAAUUUCCGGAAGGCGGUGGCAGGAUCCGUGGGACUUCCAGUGGCUGUACAGUGCAUAGCAUUGCCAUGGGAAGAUGAGCUCUGUCUUCGGUUAAUGAAGGAGGUGGAUACCUUGGUCAAGAAACAGAAGGGGCCCAAUCCGAAGGUGCCCACCCGUCAGCCCUGCAGCAUCUUCAGCCACCUAACACCACCACCACCUUCACCUACCCCACCUCUGUACAUUCAGAAACUGUCCAGACUUUCUCAAAUCAUGCACCCUCGAUUCCGCCGCCCGGACGUGCAUGCAGCCGAUAGAAGCCCGGUGGGGUGGUCCCUGAAGCCCCCUUUCCCCACGGCCCUGGACAGAAUCAACCCAGAGGCCGGCAAGCUCCCGGACCGCUCGGCCCGCGCGCUCCGCGCACGGGGCGCCCCGCCCGCCGCGCCUCCCCGGGCGCCCGCAUUAAAGCGCAUAUGCAAGCCAUGA